AGAGCCUAAACCCUUGUGAAGUGAAAAAGAUCGUUUAUUGUGUUCUUCGUCGUCUCUUCGUCUUCUUCUCUACCGAUCCAACAAUGCUAAUCUCCGGUGAACCUCCGUCGCGUUCUCGUUAAUCUGCCGUCGUUUCUCUUCCUUUCCCCCCUCCGAUUCCUUCAUUUCCCCGUCUGAUUUCGCCGGUGCUCGUUUCAAUAAUCAAAAUCUCCGGGGUUCUCUAUAUGGAUGAGAUUUGAGAGCAUUGUGUCUAAGCGUAAUAUGGAGCGAAAGAGUUUUAACUUAAACGAGUAUCCUUCAAGUCCUAGUGCAGAGUUCAAAAAUGGGAUUGAGGAAGUUCAUGGUUUACCAAUUGUAAGUUUUAGUGAUUCUGGUGGUAAUAAGGUUGACCGUGAAUGUGGUAGUUUAGUGGAUGAUGGUAAUAUGGAGAAUGUAACUGAGAUGAAGAGUAAGAAAAAAGUUAAUGUUAAGCCGGUUGAGCGCGAAAUUCUCAUUACGAGGAGGGUUCUUCGGUCAGGCUCUGUCGCGAGGGAUAUAGUGAGUAGUGGAAAACUUAGUAGAGGUAUGAGUAAGAAAAGAAAGGGUGUUGAUAUUGGAGAUUUAAGUGAGGGUGAUAAGAUGGGGAAAGUUAGUGGGAUGUGUUCUGUGGAUGAAGUGAAAGAAGAUGUAAAACAGGAGAAAGUGAAAUCUUUUUUAUCUGAGGUGAUUCAUGGAGAUGAUUUUCGAAGUCAGAUUAAACUGGGAUUUAAAGAUGAUAAGAAUGGGAGUUUUGAGCCACAUGAAAAAGAAGGGGAAGUGAAACGCAAAAGAGGAAGGCCUCGAAAGUUGAAGAUCAGCAGCCAAUCUGAUGAGAACGGCUCAAUUUCAUAUUGUAAACUUGGGAUGUCUUUAGAUAAGAAGGAAGAACUGGUAAGAGAUGAUAAUGUUGAGAAACGUAUUGGCAGAAGCUGCUUUAGUGAGGGGAAAACAGAAGUAAAACUUGAGCUCGAGGAGUAUGGUGAAGCUAAAGAGAUUCUUGGAACUGAUUUUAGGAGCCAGGUUAAGGUUGAAAUCAAGGAUGAUGGGUCAUAUGAUAAAUGUGGGAAUAUUGAACCACGUAAUGAAGAGUUGCAAGUUAAACGAAAGAGGGGAAGGCCUAGAAAGUUGCAAAUCAGCUGUCAAUCUGAUCAGAGUCGCCCUAACUCGAACUGUAAAGAUGCAAAAACUCUAGAUUUAAGCAGCCAGUUGAGUGUUGACAAAAUUUGUUUGAGUCGUCUGCGUGGUAGACCCUCAAAGACCAAGGAGAAAGCUGUUGGUCUUCACAUAGAAAAGGAGAAUGUCAAAUGUAGGCAUGGGAGUCCCCUAAUAAUGCCUGAACAGAGUAUGAGUGACUCUAUUGAUGAAUCCAGGAGACCAAAAAGUACCUACACGGCUAAGACACCUGAGUCUGAUGGAACGAAGAUGGUACGCAAGCGUGGAAGACCUCCAACACCACAGAAAAAGAGGAAAUCAGGGGUGACAGAUGAAUCACAUUGUAAAGCAAAGAAGAGACUGAAAGUUCGCGAGAGUUGCUCAGAGUCAUGGCACAACAGUCCCUUAAAAGAUGGCGAAAGGAUGGUUAAAGAACAACAUAAUGCGCAAGAUGAAACUGGAAGGCAAUCCAGAUCAGAGUCUAAGAAAAUGCUGAGUGACCGAAUACUGCAGUUACUUCUAGCUGCUGGUUGGACUGUUGAGUACAGGCCUCGAAUUGGAAGAGCCUAUCAGGAUGCUGUGUAUCUUAAUCCUGAGGGAAAGACUCACUGGUCAGUGACUAAGGCUUAUCAAGUUUAUAAAAGACAUUUGGAAAGCAGCAUGGAUGAUCAGAUGAACUCUACCACUGGUUCUGGUUUUGGCUUGCUACCAGAAGAGGACCUUCACUUAUUAUGGAGAAAAACUCAGAAGAAAAGGUGCGAUACAGGGAAGCCAAGGUCAAAAUUGAAGGAUAGAGAUUCUAAUGAAAACAUGGUCUCAACAGAGGGAAAAAUCCGGUUGCAGAAGAAACGAAAAGGGAGUCAUGGAUCGCACAACUUAGAAAGAACUUCUGUUUCAGUCAGAAAAAUAAAGAGGGAAGAAAAACAUAUUAGAAAGCGAUGUGUUCCGUCGGCUCGUAGUUCUUUGGAGGAUGAGAAUUCUAAGGAGGAUGAGUACAUUUUAUUUGAAGGGAAACGGACCAUGCUGAGUUGGAUGAUUGAUUCAACCAUUGUCACACUGAACGGAAAAGUUCAGUGCAUGGACUGCAAGGAAACGCACAUGCUUCUAGAAGGAAUAAUAACAAAAGAGGGUAUUCGAUGCAACUGCUGUGAUGAAGUGUUCUCUGUUCUUGAUUUCGAGGUUCAUGCUGGAGGGAAGCGCAACCAGCCAUUCAAAAGUCUGUAUUUAGAGGGUGGGAAUUCAAUCUUGCAAUGCCUUCUUGAGUCUAUGAAUAAACAAAGCGAAUCACAACUUAAAGGGUUCCAUUUUGUGGACUUUGAUGGCGGGGAUCCAAAUGAUGAUACAUGUGCUACUUGCGGGGAUGGGGGAGAUCUUAUCUGCUGUGAUGGGUGCCCAUCAACAUUCCAUCAGAGCUGCUUGGGCAUAAAAAAAUUUCCGUCUGGUGCUUGGUAUUGUUGCAACUGUUCAUGCAAGUUUUGCGAGAAAGCUGAGGCAGCUAAUCAUGACAUUUCAACUCUACCCCCCUUAUCGAGUUGCCGCCUAUGUGAGGAGAAAUAUCACCAAGCAUGCAUCAGCCAAGAUGACAAGGUGCCUGGUGAGAGGAAUACUGAUUCAUUUUGUGGCAAGUAUUGUCAAGAGUUAUUCAAAGAUCUUGACUUACUCAUUGGAGUAAAACACCCACUGCCUGAGGGCUUCUCCUGGACAUUCCUUCGCCGCUUUGAGCUCCCAAGUGAGGUUGCUGAUUGUGACAUAUCUGAGAAGGUUGCAUCUAAUGCUAAACUGGCUGUUGCAUUUUCUGUUAUGGAUGAGUGCUUUUCACCUUUGGUUGAUCACAGGAGUGGAGUCAACCUGCUUCAAAACAUUGUUUAUAAUUUUGGGUCGAACUUCUAUAGGCUAAAUUAUAGCAAUUUUCUCACUGCUGUUUUGGAGAGGGGGGAUGAAAUCAUUGCUGUGGCGUCUAUCAGGAUCCACGGAAAUAAAUUGGCAGAAAUGCCGUUUAUCGGAACCCGCUAUAUGUAUAGGCGUCAAGGGAUGUGCCAUCGCCUAAUGAAUGGCAUUGAAUCUGCGCUCGGCUCUCUCAAAGUAGACAAAUUAGUCAUUCCAGCGGUGCCAGAACUGAUUGAUACAUGGACUUCAGGCUUUGGCUUCUCGCCUGUUAAUGAAUCAGCGAAGAAAGUAAUUAAGAAACUGAACUUGUUGGUGUUCCCUGGCGUAGGCAUGCUAGAGAAAUCAUUGGUCAAUGAGAAGAUUUCUGACUCAAUUGCGUCCACUUCCAAUGGUUUUCUGCCAUUGGCACCUGAGAUGAGCUUCCCUGUAGACGUUGAGGAUACUAACCCUAAGGAUUCUAAAGACAGCACACACAAGCAAAAUUGUGCAACUGCUGAUGUUAUAUCUCCUUCUUACCCAUUUGAUAGCUGCUUGAAGUCAACGAAUUUAGAACAGGGAAAUAAUGAUUUAGAUUCCAGUCUGAAGCUAAUUAACGGGUCUAUGGAGAAGAAAGAAGAGAUUGGGAAAAAAAUGACAGAUAAAAACGUCAAUUCCCUUCCGGAAGAAGGUGAUGAUUUCCAUGGGAAUCAAACUGAUACAAAAAGGCAGGAAAGUGAUGAUUUAGAAGAUAAGACGCCAUUAGCUGAUGAUGGCUGUGGAGGAAAAGCCGAGAGUACUAAGGAGUCAGAUCAACAACCCGAUUGUUACAUAAUAGAUAAUCCUCAGCCAAUUAACAACAAAACCUUAAAGCUAAAGAGGGAAGUGGCUACCACAUUGCGAAUAUCACCCCGACUGAUUCAAAGAUCGUGGAGAACAUCAUGGGUUAACUAGAAGUACACAGGUACUAAUGCCGUAUUGGACUUUCCAGACUAGUGUAUCUGAGGUUCAUUGCAUAAACGAAGCUUUUGUUUUUUGUGCAUAUGACCAGUCUUAACGCAUUUUGUCUAUAGAUGAGCAGCUCUUUGCCAUUUCCGGGUGUAAACGGAAAGGUGCAGUUAAAAGGAAAAGUAGUUAGUAUUCUAAUUUCAGUACUUAGUGGUUUCAUUAGUUACACAUCGAGCUAAAGGUCAGUAACCUUGCUGUGCUCAAUGCUUAUUUAGACUUUUAAUUUUAGGUACUAAACAAUUUCUUUCAACUGCAUUUUGUUGUUAUGUAAAAUAUUUGAGCUGCUUAGUCAUAUUAUCUAAUGUUGAAUUAUCCA